AUUCAAUCACCCCCUUCAUCAGAGACAGUGGCUACUGUUAUCCACUAAUAAAGGGGUGUUAAGUUUGGGGAUAAAGUCUAAAGAAUACACACCACCCCCAAGCAGUAUUAGGCGUGAUUCUACGUUUGCCCGGCUUCUUUCUUUAACACCCCUUUCCAUAUACAAUACGAUACCCACUACCAAUAUACCCCAACUCUGGAGUGAAAAAAAAAAGAUAAAAAAAUAUUAGGUUAAAAGGCAUUUUAGUACCUACCUAGGUACUUGGGUAGGUGUCUAUUGUGCCUCAACCUAUUUUUUUUUUCUAUAUUGGAGUCUGAAGACUGCUGAUUCCAGUUUGCACCUUGGCUUAUAGUUGCUUGGUAUCUAAGUUCCUCACUUAGAAGAGACAACGUCACCUAGCCUGAUUACCUAGGUACCUACUGGAGCAGUCCUCUUCACUUGGAAGGCAAUGACAGAGCAGUACAUGAAAGGGUUGUCAGGAAGUUGCAGUUCAAAUUGCAAGAAUUGGGGAAAUCGCCAGUUGAUGUUGUUUCCUUGGUUAACAAGAUAACCAGGUAGCUACAAAUAAUCUUACAUAACCUCGGCUGAGUUAUUCAUUUUCCUUCUCAAUAUGUCAUACAAUACGAGGGUUAGGGUAAGUGGAUUUGAAGACGAGCGCCGCCGCCCAUACGGUGGUGAUUCGUAUAAACCAUCUGAAGAAAGGCAAACUCCCCGGGAUCAUUCCCGUGACCUGAGCAAAGAGUUCGACCGGGAUAAGGAUAGGGACAGGGAUCGCAACAUGGUUCCAGGUCAGCGCGACUCGGCUGACGCGAAAGAUACGCGCAGUCCGCGCAGUAUCAGAAGAGAUAUGGGCAAUCCGAAAGACCUCAAAAUAGACACAAGGGCUCCCCCUACCGGUCCUAGGCGGACCAUGUCCGAUGUCUAUUCUCCCGCUAGUGGCCCGAAUAGCCUUCCGGCCUCGAGUGUCAGGCCAACCCCGACUGAACCCGCGGCCAUUAGUAUUUUAAGAGCAACUGGACAAUGUAGUCCAAUAGUCGCUCCGAAUAUCCCAAAACCUAAGGAUCCUAAGUUACAAGAAGUUUUUGAAGCCAUGUAUAAAUGGAACGAGACUUCACAAGAGCGCGUGCUUAUGAUCCUCCGGAGAAAUAAUUCCUUGCGCGAGGAUAAUCGCCGCCGAAGUGAGCUUAGCAAAGUAGCUAACAAAGUUAAUGAUUAUGCACCAUACUCGGAAUUCCAGCGAAGAUUCGACGAAAGUCGAAAGUCAGAGCGGGACGAAGUCUCGACGAAUCUCACCAAACUCGAUCAUCGAUGUGCUGAAGACUUAGAACGGGCUGUAUCUGCUAUAACAUCUUCUAAGCCACAGGUAGCGGAUAAUACCUCGCUCCAAGCACUAGAAGCCAGGUUUGCCGAAUUCCAAAAGCAAAGUUCCGAGCAGCAAAAGCAAAUAUCUAGAGCCCAUGCCCAGAUUGAGACCCUACGUAGUGAUAGGGAAAUGUCAAGCCAGGCUUUCAAUAACCUGGAUAAGAACUUCAAGAUGUUGAAGUCUGAUUUUAAUGCUCUCCAGUCCGAAAACUUGCAACUUAAGAAGCAAAUUGCGGAUCUGGAUGCUCUUAAGAAAACUCAAGAUGACAUGAAUCGGCUAAGUAAGGAUUUCGGAUCCUUUACAUCUAGAGUCGAUGAUGUCGAAGGGAAAGUUGCUACCUUCAUGGGAAAAGUUGAAGAUCUUGAUAUGGAAACAUAUAACGAGAUACUUGGGAUCUGGAUUGAUCACGAUUUCAAAAGUAAAGUCUUUACGAAUGAAAAAGCGAUCGUGGCUCUACGUCGAGAUUUCAAUUCUUUCCAAGAGACAGCCGUGUCUCGUUUUGAGAAGAACGAUUCCUCUAUUCAAGAAACGCGGAAGCUUGUGGAGGACGUUGAAAGUUCUCGGCCAGCCGCAUCGCAAAUGGGCAAUGAGACACCAAUAGACAAGCAUGAGCAAAACGUCUUCAUUGGAAAUAAGCUGGAUGAGUUUAAAAAGGUUAUCGAGAAGACGGUCACCACUUCAAAUGACGUUUGCGCCGAUAUGGUUGACGAAGUGUCUGCUAGAAUGGACAAAGUUGAAGUGGAUGUUAAAACCCUUGGACAGUUGCUUCAUUCAAAGCAUCCGGACAUGACGAUACAAAUCAAUAAGCUAAAACAGGCCAUGGAAGAGCAGCGCGCCGAGUUGGAGAAUCUACAGACCCGUUUAAAACUCCUUGAGAACGAAGGAUUUGAUCCCAAGAUUAAUCCACUCAUUAUAAGAUUGGCUCAUGUAGAGGAAGAUAUGCGUCAUCUUCAGCAGAGCAAUGCUCCUGGGGCAGCGACCGAUUCCGAUGCUGUUAUGAAUGCCAUCAAAUCGGACAUGGAGGACGCCAAAAAGAGAUUCGAGGCGCUUGAGUUUUCUAUCAAGACUCUCGAUCAUCAAUGGGCGAACAUCAGCACACGGCAAAUGGCAGCUCACAUUCUUCAGCAUCUCGAUAAUUACGGACAGCGAAACGAGAGCCGAAUCGCUAGCGUCGAAAAUGAGGUUAAGAAAUUGAGGGACAAACUUGCAAUUCUCGAGCACAAUCUCACUUUACUAAGGGAUCCGAAACAUCUUGUAAACAUUAUAAAAGCUUCACCAUUAGGAAAGCGACCAGCUUCUCCAGCAUCACCUGCCGAAGACCCAGCGAAGAAAAGAAAGCUGGACACAAAAGGCCAGCACACAGAAUCAUCUACUACCGAGGCACGCGUAGUUUGAUCACCGGCACCAGUUAGCAGCAUCAUGACUACUACACUGCCGCGAGGACGCAUGCGUGAAGGAGUUAAGCCUAAAAAUAAGCCACAUAGAAUGGCAUUAUGGCUCAGGUCUUUAUUUUCCAUGUUCACCGUAAGGCGUCUAUGUUACGUAAAGCCAACACAUACGCCUACGACUCUGAUACGUUAGGGGGAUCUUACAAAGGAUCCCGUUUGUCUAAGUUCUUGCGGUAGAUACCUGACGCAUCAUUCAAAUACCCUAUCGUUU